AUGGUCUCACUCACUUUGUCACUUGGCCUUUUUGCGGCGCUGGAUUUGGUAUCCGCCAUGACCCCGUCCUCUAUUUUGUUUACUGACGGCACCAUUAUCGCUUUCGAUCAAGAAGCAAACGACUUGAACGUCAUCCGCAAUGGAAGCGUUCUCGUUCAGCAAGACCGUAUAACCGGGAUCUGGUCGAGUGGGGAAGAUCCUUCGGUGUCGAUUCCCCCCAACACCACGGUCGUCGAUGCGGCAGGCAAGAUCAUUGCCCCCGGUUUCGUUGAUACGCACCGUCACGGCUGGCAGACCCUGUUCAAAACCAUGUUCUCCAACAUCACCCUUAUCGAAUAUUUCCUCCAUUUCGGAGAGGCGGCUUCUGCUGGACGCGUCGAUGCUGAGCAGGUCUACAUUGGCCAGCUUGCCGGUCUUUACGAAUCGCUGAACGCAGGCACCACUACCUCGCUCGAUCACGCCCAUCACACCUGGUCGGAUGAGACGUCCUGGGCUGGCCUGAAUGCCAGUAUUGACAGCGGCGCACGCGUGUUCUGGUCGUACGCCUUCCAUGAGGUCGCCAACUACACCAUCGCCCAGCAGCUUGUUAACUUCCGCGAUAUUGUAAAUGCUUCGCCACAGACGGAUACAGCUGUGGAACUGGGUAUCGCUUUCGAUAGCUUCGACAACGGCUCUGUGGACCAGGAAACGAUUGCCUCGGUCAUUGACUUGGCGAAGGAAGCCAACAUCUCGGUCCUCACAACCCAUAGUGGAGGAGGCGUGUAUGGAAACGACAAUUCUCCUACCACUCUGCAGUCUCUGAACAUACUCAACACAAGCAUCCCCGUCGUGUUUUCGCACGGGUCAUACGUCACUCUGAAAGACACGCUGCUUUUGCGGAGCACGAAUCAGUUCCUCUCCAUCACGCCCGAGUCGGAGAUGGGCUUCGGUCUCGGACGCCCGACCAGCAACAUGGCCAUGGACCAGGCUGCCCUCGGUGUCGACACGCACGCCUUUUCGUCAAGCGAUCUAGUCACCCAAGCUCGCAUGUUCCUCCAGACAACGCGCUCCGCUGUCACCGACGAGCUCUUCCGGAAGUGGCAAGCUCCCGGAUCGAACCCCAUGAGUGUCACCCAGGCUUUCCUCCUCGCCACCCGCAACGGGGGUCUCGCACUUCGUCGUCCGGACCUCGGUGUUCUCAGUGUCGGUGCCAAGGCUGACAUUGUGGUGUGGGAUGGCACCAGCCCCAGCUUGCUAGGCUGGGUUGACCCCGUGGCGGCGAUCAUUAUGCACUCCAACGUCGGUGAUGUGGAGCAUGUUCUUGUUGACGGCAAGUUCGUGAAGCGGGAUCACAAGCUGGUCGUCGGGGACUAUGGCAGCGUCAAGGCCCGAUUUUUGGAGGCUUCGAACCGCAUCCAGGAGGACUGGAAUCAGAUUCCCCGCCCUCAGCUCGGGGACCUCACUCAAGCCGGUGCUCGAAUCAUUGAUCUCGAGCAGGUGGAUGUCACGCCCGGGGAGGGCAACGGUUAUGGUCAGCUGCAUGUGUAA